GCCUGUCCCUCUUCAUCCUCCUGCUUUCAAGCUUCUGGAGGUUGCGAAUGAAAAGAAAGAGAAGAGACAAGCACGCAAACUCAAGUCUCGGUUACAACAUCGCGGUGCCUGCUACCAGUGUAGACAAAAGAAGUGGAGAUGUUCCAACAAUCGUCCAUGUGAGAAAUGUGUCAUAUACGAAACUGCACAAUCCUGUGACAAAUCAGACAUCCUUCAUCCUGUUGAACGUCCGCUGCCAUCAAAAAUGUGGGUCGAGAUUCAAGACGAUGUCUACACAAACAUGGUCGCCAUGAAGAACGCGUCGGUGUCAGAGGGAGUCAACUUUGCGCUUGUGCGCAUCACGUGGGAGAUCGGAAUGAGCGUGAACCAAGUGCUGCAGGCCUUCAGGUUCUUGCCUACUAACGUCAAGAAGGUCAUCGAUGAGUCGAUCCAGGCGGUACAGGGUCACGCCCAGAGAACUCUGAUGAAGGAGCGGUCGUGCACGACAAGCCUCAAGGAGCUCAUGGCCAAGCAGGAAGUUGGCCGUAUCUCUGCAUGCGCUUUGGGCACGCAUGGAGAAUAUGAAGAACCGCCAGAACCCUCGGACGAGCGCUGGGGACAUGGGCGAUGGUUCUCUCUCGAGUACGACAAGAACACUGCGACAAGGAAAUACUACAAGAUCGGUUCCGAGCUCGCAGGGCUGCACGGGUACCACUCUGAGGAGUUUCUCUCGCGCAUCGCCGAGAACAAGCUGCCCAUCCACGCUACACACUUCGACAUGCUCUGCAUCGCUAUGGACACCCUCUGCCGGUAUCAGGAGAACACGAUGGUGAAGUACUGGAGGUUAUGGAAGGAAACCCACGACCCGCAAGUGUUCGCUUCCUCGUUCUUACGCUGUUGCAUCAUCCGAGACUUCGAUGCCCUCGGCCGGAAGAUCCGAACAGCACUGGUCUACGAUCACCUUGACGAGAAUGAUUUUCAGCAGCUCGCUCAAGGAGGCCAGGGAGACAGCAAUGAUUUGCUCGCGAUCUCCCUCCUUGACAGGCGAUCUUUUCAGGAGUUCAUGUCGGAGCAUAAGCGCGAGCUGCAGUACUCGGGCAAACUCAUGGACAUGCGCAAGAAGCGAUUAGGUCAAGAGAAGCUCGACGAGUUUGUGAAGCGAUUGCAGCAUACAGUCCAGAAGUUGGUCGGAGAUUGAAGAGGAUUCAAGUGCAGGCGGCCAGGUCACUUGAUUGGUUACUACGAACAGAGAAUCUAGAAUCAUUUGCUUAACAACAAAGUUUUACCUACAGUC